CAAUCAAUGGCAUCCUCUGCUUCGAUUCCAUCUAAACCAGUAGACGACGAUUUGAAACUCGAUGAAUUGGUGUCUGAACUCCAUGCCUUGAAGAAGCUGUACGGCCUCCUGCAGAGUAACAGUGCCAGGCCCGUUGGGCCCGAUCAGCCCACUAAUCACAUAUUGGAUGAGAAAUCGAAGCAUCUCUUGAAGAAACUCCUUGAUGGCGCAACUCAGCAAACUCUUCAGUCUCAAGCAAAGAUAAUUUCCUGCACGCCUGAAGCGCCAAAAUCGCAUGCUGGGGAUAACUCAAAUCCUUCUAUUAAUGACCUCCGAAAUGGGGUUCGGGAGACCCAAGAGAACCGAGAAUGCCAACCCACCAUCCUACCUGUAAAUUCGCCGGAAGCAACGGAAUCAAUUCCGGCGGCCCAACCGAAUACAUCCGAGCCAAGACGCCACAAGGACCGGCGAUCCAAAGACGCGACUUUUAACCGCUGUCGCGCCAACGAUUCGAUGCCUCCCGACCGUCGUUUAUUGAUCUGUCCAUCAGAAUCAGAAAGCAGGAGGAAUUCAUUUCACAAGUCUAAAACAAUAAGAAUUGGGGGCUCAGAGCGUCAACCGAGUUCGGAGAAAGACGGCGAGCUUCUCACUCUGGUUCCCGUCCAAAAGCGCGCCCGGGUCGAACCGGUGGAUCUUCCAAGCCGAGUAUCGAGCCGAACUAACAAACCGGAUCGGGUUGACCGAGAGCUGACUCAUCAGAAGAGAACCAGCAGAAAACAACCGGUGGCUGAGCCAAGCAGUAUCAGAUCCAUGCAGCGCACGCAUAGUUCAAAGCAUCAAAGUUCGAGAAGUAUUGUAGUUUUUGGAGAUCAAAAGGCUCAGAGUGUUCAAAACAAUGGUCAAUCUGCAGAGAGAAAGCAAACAGGAGUUCCGUCCAAUAAACAAACUAAGAAGGUCAUGAAAUCCUCUUCAUCAUCAAAAGAGUCGACUCAAUCCUUCUCAACAGGAUCCAUCCCGUUGGCUCUGAGAAAGCAGAAUAGAAUGAAGGCAGGGAAGAAAAUAAUAUCGCCGCCGCAUCUAGCGCCGGCAAACCGAAUGUCACAAAGAUCGAGAGGCCGUGAACUUUCCCUCCGCUCACAAUCGACUUUGGUUGUUCGAAAGAAUGAUCAGUGCAAGGAGACCAAAAGGCGGGGCCAUAAGCCGAGCAAACUUGCUCUGCCAAAAAGUUCGAAGACAGGGAGGUACUCCUCCUCCUCAACGGCUUCAACUUCCCGUUCCAAUUCUGUCAGGAACAUGUCCAGCCGACCCCACAUGUUGAUUCCUAGAAUGCAUUGCAGAGAAAAUACAAGGGAAAGAAGAAGAGCUUCGCCACCAACUUCUCCAAAGCUCCCAAUUCCUCACAAUCUGGUCGUGUCUCGACGGAAGCCAGCACCCUGCCGGCCAGCAAGAACCCGUCAUGAGUCAAAGCCGGAGGCGGAGGAACAGCAGGGGAGGUUUAAGAAGUUGUCAAAUAAAUUAGCCAUAAUCUUCCAUCACCACCACCACCACCACCUCCACGCUGGAGAGGAUGAAAAAGGCAAUGGCGGGGCCUGGAAAGAUCAUGAGAGGACUCUAUGGAAGUACUUGAAGGGGUUUCUUCAUGCCAGGAAAGGAAGUGGCGAGGAACAGGGGAAACUGCAUAGGAAUAACUUGCGUGUGAUGAUGGAGUGGUUUUUUCGUCAUUUAUGGUUGAUGGGGCGUAGACGGAGGAAGAAGGUUGAGAGACGGAGGCCACCGAAAAAGGUGAGGUGGUGGCAGUGGUUUAUGAGGAAGGGUGGCGUUGUGGUCGGUGGCCGGCGACAAGUCAGGUUGGGGAAUGGUUCUCACUGGCGAACUGCACGGGGGAAGGGUUGAUGGGGUUUUUGACUGCUUUAGACAAUCUUCCAAAUUUAAAACG